AUGUCCGUCUUGUUCGAAACUUCUCUAGGCGACCUCGUCAUCGACCUUGAGGUGGAGCAGUGCCCAAAAACAUGCGAGAACUUCUUGAAACUUUGUAAGGUUUACUACUAUAACUUGAAUGCAUUCUUCAAUGUAUCCAAAGAUUUCCUAGCUCAGGCUGGUGAUCCCACUGCCACGGGAACAGGUGGAGAAUCAAUAUGGUCCUACGUUGCCUCGCAAGGGGAGAAGGAUGCCACAGCCGCCCGGUAUUUUGCCCCAGAAUUCGUGCCAAAGUUGAAGCACACCCAUAAAGGCACAGUGUCCAUGGCCGUAGCACCCUCUGUGAACGACGAGAAAGGUGGUUGUGGCAGCCAAUUCUUUAUCACACUUGCAGACAACAUAGACUAUCUCGACGGGAAGCAUGCAGUUUUUGGUCACGUCGUAGAAGGGCUGGAGACGCUGGACAAGCUAAAUGACGUCUUCACGGAUCAAGAUGGGAGACCAUUCAAGGAUGUGCGGAUCAGACACGUCGUUAUUCUUGAUGACCCAUUCCCUGACCCGCCCAGCCUAGUCCAACCCCCGUCAUCUCCUACUCGGCCCCCAGAUAAUUCUACUAGGAUUGCAGAAGAUGAAGACCCCCUUGCCACUCUUCCGGAUGAGGAAGAGGAGCGUAUACGCCGCGAGAAGGCCGCAGCAGCCUCUGCUCUAACGCUUGAAAUGGUUGGCGACCUGCCUUUUGCCAACGUCCGGCCUCCGGAAAACGUCCUUUUCGUGUGCAAACUCAACCCUGUCACACGAGACGAAGACUUGGAGCUCAUCUUCUCGAGAUUCGGCACCAUUAUGAGUUGCCAAGUCAUUAGGGACAAGAAAACGGGUGACUCAUUGCAAUACGCUUUCAUAGAAUUUGACAAGCGAGACGACGCAGAACAGGCCUAUUUUAAGAUGCAAAAUGUGUUAGUAGAUGAUCGACGUAUUUGGGUAGAUUUCUCGCAGUCUGUGGCACGGCUCAAUACUACCUGGUCCAAUAACCCCAAAGUGGGACUGCAUAGCAAAGAAAGGGGCGGGUUUGGCGGUCGCGAAGACUUGGAAGAAACUCGACGAUACCGGGCAGCUGGAAGAAGCGAUGGCAGAAAUGGUUAUGGAAUGGUGUUUGAAGUUCCAGAUGACAAAAAAACUUCAUCACGCAGGAGUAGACAUGAUCGAGAUAGGGAAGACCCUCGGGAUCGACGCCGACGCUCCGGCUCUCCUGUGCCACGCAACAGAUCUGGAGAAAGGCGCCGCAGCAGAGAUAGAUAUUCUCGGGAUCAUAGGACACGCCACUAGUAGC